AUGGGAUAUAAUUCUAAUUUAAUAGAUUCCAUAAAGAUAUCCUUUUCUUCAUAUUCUAUUGAAAAUUACUAUAAUGAUAAGAUUUCGGGUAAACACACCCUUUUGUAUAAGUCAAUUCGAGAGUACGAAGGAGAUGAUAUUCUUAGGCUGGAAUUGUACUUUAUUAACUAUUUGGAAAACAUUAACACGUCGGCGGACUUUAACGAGUUUGUAAACCUGGUUCGAGAGUGUUUCCACAAUAUCUCAGUGACGCAUUUCAGGUCGUACACAUUCGAAAACAAUUAUUCCAGUUUCAACUCAGUUGAACUCUGUAAACGUUCAGGUUUCGUAUCAAAAAAACUUAAGUAUCUAGACUAUUUUAAAGAAAGGACGUCGGCAGACCAGGCAUAUAGCUUUAACUGCUGGAACAAUAGGCUUUCGUACAUAUACGUAAUCCUGAAGCACAUGGAAAGUUUCAAUUUUGAGGAGCACUGCGAAGAUUGCAGAGCACUGUCGAACCUGAUGGAAACAUGUUCAACAAACAGGCUGCUCGUUUUUUUCAGUCUAGUUAACAAGACGAGGAUUUUGGAGAGUCUGCUCACCAGCUUGUUUGACCAGAUAGCAUCCUCGUACUGGAACUAUGAGCUGCUGUUGGUGUCGUUCUCGAACUCGAUUUUGAAAACGCUGGUCAGCAACUACGUGUUGGCAUAUCAAUCGCACGGGGAUCGGUACACGAUGGCAAUUGGAAUUCUCCACUCGUUUCUGGAAUCCAAGAACAACUACCUGGACCUGCAAUAUCCGCACUCGGAGUCGUUUCUGAGGGUUUUGGGUAGUUUCGCAAUGUUUGCAUGUGUCAGUUUCACGCGAGUUCAGAAUGUUUCGCUGUAUUAUUCGAACCUGGUUCUGCUGACGGACGACGAGAACAUCACUUUCACGAAUCUGUUCAUGUCGCUGAUUGUGAAUCACAUAGUCAAGGCGUGCACAGCAAAGAAGACGACAAAUCACCCGUACAGUGGGAAUUUUGGGCUGAAGAACCAGUCGCAGGCAGAGUGUAUAUACCUGAAGAUAUUUGUGGAGUCGUUCAUAAAGGCAUUCGCGGAGCAGUUGAACAGGGGAGGAGAGCUGGCUCAGAAAAUUUCGAACAUAAACGCCUUUUUGGAUGCGGAGACGUACAGCUUCCUGGCAAAUUUGAAGUUUAAAACAUACUAUGACGAAGUGGAGCAGUUGGAGUACAGAGUGGGAGUGGUACUGCUGUACAUGAUAGCCCUGCACAACCAGAUUUCGAACAUACGAGUGGCAGAAGUGUCGUACAUGAGGCUGAUAUACAGCCUGCCCUGGUCGCCAGCAGUGCAGUUUUGUGCGACUGACGAGAAGCUGAAGUACAUUCUCCCGGACUUUAAAAAGGUGGUCAUGGAGAGCUUCGGAACGGAGAUAUACAUCUGCAACUGCACAAAUUACUCAAUCAAGUACACGCUGAACGAAUUCACAACCUCGUUCCUGAGACGUCACCUGAAGCUGAAGGGCCACGACGAAUACUACACUCGCAUGUUUCAGUUCUCAACGUUCAUGUCAAACUCGCUGGCAAUGAUGGACAGGAAAACCGUUAAGUCGCACGUAUUCUCAUUUAGGGCAGAAGUAAUGUACAACACAAUAACCAGGGUGUUUUUGAAGUCAGAAGUUGUUAUUUGUAGAUUAACGAAUCAAAGAUUGUUCAAUCAGUUGAGCAAUGGCAACGGAGAGGUACGCUUAGAUCACGUCAGUAAUGGUAUGUAUGUGCAGGAAAAUAAAAACAUAUCGCAUCUUAUCGAGUGGAAGUGGAUCUCAGACUACCUGAGAGUGUCGUAUCUCUACAACAAGUCGGUAUGCUACCUCGCAGUGUUGGAUUCACUGAUCACGUGCUUCAUUGCGGAGAGUUCGGGAGAAACUGCAAAGUUAUCGCUUAACGACAUAUAUUUGUCGACCUAUGACGCAGACACUUCCCUAAAUCAUCAGAGAGAACUGUCAUCGAAUUUUCUUUCACUUAAUCAGAAUCCGCUCAACUUGGUGCUGAGGGUACCGGUAAAUGUGCUAGUGCAACUGUUUAAGUUCAGGUUGUUUGGGAACCUGUUGAUUCUACUGCUGUCAAAGCUCAAUAAGUACAUAUACGAGGGGAUAUCAAGUUUCAUAGCCUCAACGUCGCUUCAAAUAGAUUUCUUUCAGCUUUCAGCCCUUCAGUCGGUCUCACUGAUAAACAUCAUCACGGAACUGUGUAACAAGUCCGACAAGGAGGCGGUGAAGCAGCUGAGAAGCGUAGUGUUCACAUUAUUAUCAAUGAACCCCAACGCGUAUGAAAUACUUAUGAACUCGGGGCUGCCUAGUUAUCCGAGUACGAGAUUCGUUCAUGACCUGUUUGGCCACGAGUUGGCGCUGAAGCCCCUGGUGGAGAACUACGCAGGCAUGCUGAAAUCUUUGAAGGGCUAUUCAGAAUGGGAUAAAUCGGCGAUUUCAAUAAUAAGGGACGCUGAGAACAUCGGAAGGUCCCUGGAGCCGCUCAACAAACACGAUGUCGCUCUAUUCCAUCUCUACAGUAUCCACCUAAUAGCGUUGGAAGCAGAAUCUCCGAAGGAAGCCGGUGACGUUUCAAGUACUGGCACCCUGAUAGAGAGUGUGAUAAGAGCAUUUUGGGACUUCGUUGGUAAUGACCCAAGUAACUUAAUGACGUUCUCAAUAGAUGCUUUAGGUCUUAUUUCAUCCACUUUUUUCAACACUGCCAUCGCAAUAAUAAUAAAGCUGCACUAUUUGUAUCCGCAGUUUACGAAGAAAUCCACAGGUACGACAAUGCAAUGUGCAACGGAUAUCUUCAGAAACCGUAUCAAAUCUCAUGAACAGGGACGAUAUUACCAUGGAAGAAAAGACCAUACUAGAGUACGGCCAAUAUCGAACUAA